CGUCACAGAAGUCAGCUGAUGCUCGCGAUGAAUGUGUUGUUUGUUAAUUAAUUAAACUUAUUAAGACAUGGAUAACGAAAAAUCACCAUUGCUGAGUAAUCAAAAUGAGUCCUAUACCCAACAGUAUGGGCACUCUUCGGGAGGAACAGAAGGUGAUCGGCAAACCACAUAUGUAACAGUUCCUCCGAUUGGUCCCGAUGAGUUGCCACCUCCAUAUAGUCCUUCUCCUCAUGGGGUGCCUAUGAUAUGUUGUAAAGUCUGUGGUUUUAUGAUUGACAUAACUGGAAGAAGGGAGCAACAUGUUGUCAAAUGUAGCAGUUGUAAUGAAGCUACGCCUAUCAAAAGUGCACCUCCAGGGAAAAAAUAUGUUCGUUGUCCUUGUAAUUGUCUUCUUAUAUGUAAAUCUAGCUCUCAAAGAAUUGCUUGUCCUCGAAAUAACUGCAAAAGGGUCAUCAAUCUCACACCUGCACCUGCUAGCACUCUUCCUCCAAAUGUUCCAGGCAUGUGCCAAGUAUCCUGUGUACAUUGCCAUAGUCUCUUUUUGUUCAACACUCUGACUAAUGCUCUUGCUCGAUGUCCACAUUGCCGAAAAGUUUCUUCAGUUGGGCAGCAGUUUUCAAGAUGCCGUGGAACAAUGUAUUUGAUAGCUGCUUUAUUCAUGCUGGCUUUAGGCUUAGGAGUUACUUUUGGAACAUUCGCUUAUGCUGCAAAAAAUGGAGGCAUAUACUGUGUUUAUAUAGGUGCUUUUGUUCUCUUUAUAUGGCUACUUUGUAAAGCUGUGUAUUACUUUACUAUGAAAGUGAGCAACAUUGAAGGACCAAUAUGAAAAAAAUUUGGACAAAAUUGAACAUUUUUCGUGCAUCAGCCAUGUUUUAUUUUGAUUAAUACACAAAAAACUUUUAGAAUACUUGAAGAGAAAUUAUGUAGGGCACAUAAUUAUUUUCUGUAACUUUUGUAUAUCCUUUUUUAUGUCAACUUUUCAUCUUGGAUUAUCUUAAAUCUCGCACCUUUUUCUGUCGAUUCAUUUUUUAAUGUGCCAUUACCAUUUGGGCUAUGAAUUUACGCAUUAUGGUGAAAGAGAUAAUCAGUUUGAUGCAUGUGCUGUACUGCCUAUAUGCUUUUAAGAAAUGUGAUGGAAAUUCCUAUUCUUUUUAUGUAGUCUAGUCAGCUGGUCAGUUUAAAGGCUUUUUUUUUUUUUUUUUUUUUUUUUUAUUUUCUAGAUUUAUAGUAUUCAAAACAAUAUAUACAUUAAAUGAAAAAUUAAUGUGUUUUUGAAAUAGAAAUUUUAAAAUGUUUCCUAAAACUCAAAUUAUUUUAAAGACUGCAGCACGUUAGGUAAAAUACAAACUCUCCCCCCCUUGUGAUUGAUAAAUUAUUUUAGGUUAAAGAAUAUGAUAAUGAAGGUUUAGGUUGUGAAAAAAACUGAUUAUUGAAUGUAAUGGUGCUAAUUUUUAACAGCAUUUUUAGUUAAUUUUUUAAUUUUAUAUUAUAGAUCAUUAUUACAUAAAAUUUAUUUUUCACUUUCAAAAACAAUAGCAUAAUUAUGAGGCUGUUUUUGGAACUGUAGCCCAGCCAGAUAUUUGAAGAAUGCAUAUAACCCAGUUUUUCUUUUUCUCUUGGCUUAGUGCAUAAUUAUUCUAAUACCAGUGGAGAAAUUUUAAUUUUUUGUGUACUAGAUUUUAUUUUAAUCCUGUUUUAUUUUUCAUUUAAAAUAUCUUUCACAUUUACUAUAUUUUAUUUAAAGUUUCUACAGUUGGAAUGAACAAAAUAUGUUUAUUUAAGAAAGAAAAAAGUAUAUUUUGUUUUUAUUUCAGUGAAACAAAAUACAAAGCAUAUUUUGUAUCAAUGAAGUUUAAUAGAAUUGCUUUUGUCUGAAAAAAAUCUAUUUCUAUUUCAAGUAAGAUAAAAAUCUAAGGUCCCUGAAACUAAACAAAUGGUCAUAUUUUUAUUUGUGAAACAAAAUGUAUAUUAUUAUUAUUAAAAUUAAAAAUACUGUAUUUUUUUGCUUAAAAUUAUAAUGAAAUUAUCAGUUAAAAAAGUAAUAAAAAAUAUUUUAUAUACCUAAAGCAAAAGUGACAGCCAGAUUAAGACUUUUUUUAAAACUUGAAAUAAUAAAUAAUAAUCUUUAUAAUAUCCUGUUUUUCAUUUGCAUUGUUGUUAAUAAAUGCAUGAUUUUAAACAUUCUUUCUUAGCAGCUAGUCUUUUUAGCUUAUAUAAUUCAGUUACCUUUUCUUGUUAUAUAAAUGAAUGAGAAAAAUGUGCAAAUUAAUUAAGAAUAAACUUAGUUUACAUGGUAUUGAGAAAAAGAGAGAGAGAGAGAGAGACUGGCAAAGUUUUGUGCUUGAAAGCAAACAAGUCUUAUCAUUUAUAUUUUUUGUAUUCAUUGCUGAUAAUUUAAACUAUCUAAAAUAAAGAAGACUAUUAGUUUGUGAGCAGUUACAAGCAAGGUAUGAAAAAGAUUUGAUUUGACCAGUAUUAGCUUCCAUUUUUAGAUAUAUAUUUCAAGUUUAAAAAAUUGUGUUUGGAGGGGGAAAUAAAUUUUAAAUACUGCAUAUGUUUCUUAACUACAGAUCAUUAUUAGAUGAGAAUGCUUAUACUCUAGUAAUGUUACAAGAGUUUUAGUUUUGGUUUACUGAAAAACAGAUAUAUAUUGGUUACAGUAAUGAAACAGUAAUAUUAGCUUUUGCAGUGACAUUGAUUUUGAAAAUAAAUGUAUCAAGCAAUAUUAAAUAUAUUUUCCAGUGUUAUAUAUGUAUCAUAUUAAAAAGUAAUGUAUAUUGUAAUUUUUUGCAUGAAUUACUAUUUCAGAGUUUAUUUUACUGAUAUCAAGCAAUAUUAAAAUUAUUAUUUUAAUACUCAAAAGACCUUUUAAAAUGUUUAAAUAGUUUUAAUGCAAAUGCAUUGGCUUAAUGGUUAUGUUUCAAGUGAAAAUUAUGUGCCCUGCAUUAAAUUAACAUUCCACGAUCCUGGAUGUCAUCAUUUAAAAAUCAUUUGUCAUUGUCUGAAGAUGCUACUUUGAAUCUUUUUUAUAGUAGUUAAGCAUCCAAAGAUUUUUAAAAUGGGGAACAUAUCUCAUUGAAAAUGUUAAUUAAAGAUAUAAUUAUUUUUCAGCUCAUUAAAAUCUUUAAUAAGUUUGUAGGAAAAUCUUUUUUCCACUAAGCAAUAUAGAAAAACAUUGUUUUCAUGUUUAGAAAAUGCACUUGUAUGCUUAUCUAAAAAAUAUAUAACAUUCAAAGCAAUAUAUUUUUGUUCAUAGAAAUAUGUGUUUUACUUUGAAAAGCAGGCAUAGCAUAAAUUAUGAAUAUAGGAGAUGGACAUGAUGCUUCAUAGGAGAAGGCUAUAUUUGACCCUUUUGUUAUAUGAUCAGAUCACAGAUUGGAACCCUGUUAAUAACUGAUGUCAUUGAAAUGCAAAAUCCUUAUUUAGCUUGCAAAUUUAUUUAGACAAAGUAUCCCUGUAUAAAAUUUAAUUGACCAGAAUGAGUGUAAAAAAAAUGCUAAUAAUGAAUUUCAAAUUAUAAGAGUUUUAUGUUCUGAAAACAUGCACAUGUUGGUGGGUUUUCAAAUAACUGUUAGAAUGUGAAACAAAAUAUGAGAUCUGUUGAACUGAAUAAAGCAAAAAUGGGAGGGGGGAUAGCUGAAAGAUUCCAGUGAUAAUAUCAUUUCUUAUCAUGCACUGUUUCAUUAUGUGUUUCUAGCAACACAAAAAUCUUUUGUAGUUUGGAGUCCAUUAUUAGCAUUUUAAUCUACUUUAAAUAUAUGUUUUAUCCUGUAGUACAUAAUGAUAUAGUAAUAUAGUAUAAUAAUGUAAUGAUACAUACUUGUAUAGUAUGUAUCAUUUUCUAUAAUUUCUUCAUUCACCCCUACUUUAACUGUAACUUUAGACACACGCACACACACAUUCUAACUAAAUACGUACACCAAAAGUAAAGAAGGAAAAAAGUAUAAAACGUAUGUGCAAUAAUAUGCACAGAAAGUAAAAUAAAUAAACAAAUAAAAAAAUGCUUUUCACUAGUAAGCCUUACCAUUCUAGAGACGUGUGAAUCAUAAACUUUAAUGAAUUGGGAUUUAUAUCAUAAAUUAAAAUGAGCAAAUGAUAAAUUAAAAAAAAACUGUAAUGUAUAAAUAAUUCAGAAAUGCCCUUGGGGAUUAUUACAAGUAUUAAAAGAAAACAAAAUGAAAGUAUUAAAAGAAUAGCAUUUCACCUGUGCACGCAUUCUAUGCAAAAAUAUUAGACUGUCAUUGGAUCUUAAUUUUAAGUAAUUGAAAGUCAAGGCAUCUACUAAUUUUCAUUUGUAUUAUUCAUGUAUUUAUGUGUGUGUGUGUGCGUGCAUAUGUAUUACUUGUUUGUUAAUGUGGGAAUGUAUGCUUUAUACAUCUAAAAGUAUUAUAAAAUGAAUAAAAAGUUACAUUUAAAUUUACAAAAUAUGGUGAAAUAGGCCAGAAUAGACUAUGCCUUAAUUAUACGGGUUUAAAAAAUCGAAUAAUUUUUUGUGUUUAAAAAUGUCAUGAAUUGUAAGUUAUUAGCUUACUGCCAUGACUGGUUGAAAAAGUUAAAAGUACCUUGACACUUGGGAUAUUUGGAUAAUUUAUGCUUAAGCCUUCUAAGUAAUUUUGCUUCUGUAUAAGUGAUCACCUUUUAACAUGUACUAUAUGUUUUAGCUUGUAUGUUUUACCUUUUAUCAAUUUGUGUAAUGAAAUCCUUAUUUUAGUAAGGAUUUUGUAGCGUAAAAUUAAUGUACUAUGGAUAUGAAAUGUCUUUGAAUUUCCCUUCAUAUAAUUAGUUAAAAAAUAAUAAAAAAGUAUAAAAAUU